AUGUGUUUGGUCAUAUAUGCUUUAAAUGUGAAUGAUUUUAAUGACAUAGUUGAUACUUCCAAGCUCCUUACUGCCUGUGAGAAAAUUGAUCCUGUAAAAGAAUGUUGCUACCAAAUUUGUCAGAAUGCUAUAUUAGAAGCAGCUACAACAAUUGCAUCAAAAGGUUCUGAUUUUUGGGACAUGGAUGCAUCACAUGUUCUACCUGAGCAUUCAAUUCGGGUCAAUGAUUGUAGAAAUAUAGUCCUCAGAUGGGUUGCUAGUAAGCUUGAUCCUUCUCAUGCCAAGAAAGUUCUAAGAGGACUGUCUAAUUGCAACGUGAACAAAGAUCUAGAUGAAAAACAUUGUCACUUGAGGCUUACCAGUAAGAUAUUUCAACAGUCAUCAUUUGUUUGUCCCCUGGUUCUCCCUGAUACUAGGCAAGUUGCCAAGGGCUGUGGACAUGGGAUAAGUCACAAGACAGCCUGCUCUAAUGCCAUGGAAAGCUAUGUGUCUCACUUACAGAAGCAAAGCUUCAUUACGAACUUGCAAGCUUUAGACUGUGCAGAAACUUUAGCAAUGAAAUUAAAAAAAUCAAAUAUCACUGAGGAUGUUUAUAGUCUGUCAUGUAAGCCUUAA